GGCUUGCGUGUAGUGUAGCGUCAUUUGCCAACUACCGUACCCACUCGCCCGUCAUUUUCUAAUCAAACCUUUGGAAACUUAAAAUCUUUCAAGUUUCAGCUUUUAUCUCGGCAUCCAUGCCGAAAAUUCUGUACCCCUAAAAAAGCAAGAUUGUCAUUAAUUUAUUUGUAUUUUGUACCUAGUUCAAAAACAGUAAAUAGGAGUAGGUAGGUAGAGUACAAGCUGUUGAAUACUUAAAAAAAUGAAGAUGGAGAAAAUUAAAAAAGAAUACUUAUUGGGACGUUGCAAGUGUUGUUUAGACGACACUGAUCUGCAGUCUAUGUGGGAGGAAUAUUCUGUAAAUGGAGAAUCUGAAGUAUACGGCGAAAUGGUUUUGCAAUGUUUCGGUGUGAAUUGGCAUUCAACAAGUGACAGUGAUGUUAUCUGCAGUUCAUGUGUCACUAGAUUACGGGAUGCUAUUAGCUUUAAGCAUGAGAUUAUUGCAUCAGAACAACUGUUACAGGAAGGACUAGCAAACAAUAAAAUAGAGAAUGAAAUUGAAGUAAAAUUGGAGAAUGCUGAGGAAUGUGAAGCUGAAUAUCUAGAGAUUAAUAUUAAUGAUAAUAAUGAGCUUACAAAUAAUAAUGUAGAUGUUGACAUUGAAGCUAAAUUGGAGAAUAAUGAGGAAUGGGAAGAGGAAUACCUUGAGAUAAAUAGUAAUGAGAAUGAUGAUCUGGCACAAGAAUGUGAAGAAUGGAUAGAUCCAUUUGAUGAAUCUGAUGAGUCUGAUCCAACACCAGACCGACCAAAGAAGUUGUAUCGCAAGGAUGGAACAGCAAUGUACAAACAGUACACGAGACUGGAGCUGAAGAAGGCUUUGCAGGCUGUUGCUGAUAGUUCAAUGACCAGAAGGGAGGCCGCAGAUGCCUACAAUAUUCCCCUCAGGACGCUGUGUACAAAGAUUCAUAAUAAUGCAGUUUUUAAACUUGAUGAAGAAGAUAAUAAGUCAAAAACCAUAAAAUUCAUCAAAGAAAUUAGAAAAAUACUAAAAAACACUAAUGCCACACCAUUUAAACAUAAAGCAGGCAAAUACUAUUGUGCCUAUUGUUCUACUCAGGGGCCUGCAUUCCAUACAGGGGAUCACCUACGGACACACACUUUAACUAAACAUUCUAACGAACGCAUCCGACAAGUAGAAAUUUUCAUGAGACCAUACUAUUAUAAUGAAAUACUUAAAAUGGACAUAUUCGACCUUACAUGCACAAAAUGUUACACAAAGUUGCCAGAAUGGAAUGACAUGUUUCAACAUUUUGCUGAUGCCCAUGACAUUGGGUUUGAUGACGCAUAUACAAAAAUAAUCCCUUACAGAAUUACUAACAAACUUGAAUGUGCAUUGUGCCGGGGUGAAUUUUCAGCGUACCAUGUAUUAGAUUCUCAUAUGAACGCUCAUUAUAGCAAUUAUAUAUGCCAUCAGUGUGGUGAAACAUUCUUAACUGCAUCACGGUUGGAUAAACAUAUCCAAUCUCACAGUCGAGGUAAAUUUCCUUGUGAGGUUUGUGGAAAAAUCUUUGCGUUAGAAAACUAUCGUUCAAAGCAUUACUACUAUACUCACAACAAAAGACUGGUAUACAAAUGCUUAUAUUGUACAGAGGUGUUUCAGUUGGCAACCCAACGACAAGAUCAUAUGAUUGAGAAGCAUAAGGAAUUUAUAAAAAAGUAUGUAUGUGAGUUUUGCGAUAAGCUUUAUUAUAAUAGACAAAACUUUAGACGUCAUAUGAAGAGAAAGCAUAUAAGGGACAAGAAGUACAAAUGUACCGAAUGCAACAAGGGCUUCAUACUGAAGUACGAACUAAACAGUCAUAUGAUAAAACAUAAUCAGGUAAAGAAAUUCUUUUGUAACAUGUGUAAUGAAGGCUUUACUAGGAAAGUUACACUGAGGACUCAUUUAGAGAAAGUACAUAAAAUGGAUGUCAAAAAUAAUGAAACCGCUACAACAUGAAAAUGGUGUUGAUUUAGUUUUAAAUAGAUAUAUAAUUAUGAUGUUAUGUUAUGAGCUAAACUGUUAUACAUUGUUUUAGUAAAGUAGAAACUAUUUUUGUAACUAAAUGUGUGCACAACAAAGAGUUUGUGGAGAUGUAAAAGAUUAAGUCAAGUUAUUGCAUGUUGAACUAUGUUUUCGGGUGAAUAGCCCGUUCAAAUUCAAAAUAGGAUUUAAAAUCACUUAAUGAAUGUCAAAGACUACCUAUCCUUUUGAUAAUGUGAGCCUCAGACCUUAGAAGAACAUAAAAAUAUAAAUAGAAAGUCACCAGACUUUUUUUCAUAAAUAUUUAAUUUUAUUAAAGAAGGUAAUAGAAAAGUUAAAAAAAAAGUGUGUGUGUGUACUUUUAUAUAAAAGUUAUACGUUUUAUAUAACGUUUUGCGUGCGUAUAUACGCACGCAAAACGUUAUACUUAUUUACAAAACCAAAAUCCUUAAAAUUUUA